CUUUAAUCUGAAAGGUGUAUGCUCACUGCAUGCUUUUUGCCAAAAUUAAUCCAGUUGAGAAACAAUAACUUAUUUUAUUAACAAUGAAACGAAUUUUAAUUGAAGAUUUCCGUGAAGUGGAGAUUCCCGUGCCUUGGGGUUUCAUUUCGGGUCGAUGGUAUGGUAACCAAGAGGUUCGUCCUAUCCUGGCGAUCCACGGCUGGCUGGACAACCUGGGAACUUUCGAUCGCUUGAUUCCCCUGCUCCCAGAUUAUAUAGGAAUGCUAUGCAUCGAUCUUCCAGGACACGGACGCUCCUCGCACUUGCCGCCAGGAAUCAACUAUGGCGUCUAUGACUUGGUUUACAUCAUUCCCACCGUGGUUAAGCAUUUCGGCUGGAACAAGGUGUCCUUGAUGGGUCACUCUCUGGGUGGCAUUAUGAGCUUCGCCUACACGGCAAUGGCCCCUGACACAGUGGACAUGGUGAUUUCCCUGGACAUUCUGCUGCCCAUGAGAGUGGAGAAUGGUUUGGCAAUUGAAAUGUUUAGUAACUAUCAGGAGAGGCUACUGGUUGAGGACGACCGUAGGAAAGUGGCGGAGAAAGAUAGGAAACCGCCAAGCUACACUCUCGCCCAGAUGAGUAAAAAUGUUGCCGAAGCAAGCUUGGACGCUGUAACUGAAGAUUUGGCCCACCAUCUGCUCCACCGUCAGGUAAAGAAGGCACAUAACCAUCCCGAUCAGAAUAAAUUCUAUUACUCUCGGGAUGGAAGGGUCAAGUAUUUUAAUUAUUGGGACAUCGAUACGGGACUUGGCGGCGAGAUGGCGAGGCGUAUUGGAAAUAAGCCCUAUCUCGUUCUAAAGGGAUCUCUAUCGCUGCACUUGCAACCUCGCUGUGACGAGAUUUUUUCCAUUCUGGCCAAGGGCAACCCUCACUUUGAGUUUUACCAAGUGGAGGGCGGCACUCAUCACCUACACUUGCAGUCUGCGGAGGAGUGUGCCCGGUACAUCGUUCCCUUCAUCCAGCGCCAUCGUCCUCAGAAAAAUCAAUCUUAUCAAGAAAAAGGUAGCAAGUUGUGAAAGAGUAAGCAUCGUUAAGAGAGCUAAAAUAAUAUUUAA